GCGUCACACAGCGCUUGACUUCUAUAACAAGUGCUACUGAACCAAAACAAACGAUUUCAAGGUCGCGCAGCAGCCAGCUGAUUCAGUGCUGGCCAUUGUGCAUCGCCAGCUGCGAGAAGACAGCGUCUGCUCCAGAAAAAUGACAUCUCCGAAACAAGUGCUGAAGAGCGUGGGCCCGAAGCUGGUGCCGUUCUUCAAGACGGUGGCCAUCUACUUCGUGCUGUUCAUCCCGGUGGAGCGGCCGUCGUGGGCGGCCACGCUCGUCAAGUGCCUGCCCAUCGUCUGCCUCAUCGGCUUCGUCCUGCUGCACGGCAUCAGCCUCGGCGAUGAGUACACGUUCUCCCGGCGCAUCCUGACGGGGCUGGCGUUUUCCUGCCUGGGGGACGCGUUGCUGGUGUGGCCUCACUACUUCCUGCACGGCAUGGCAGCCUUCGGCGUGGCGCAGCUCAUGUACACUGCCGCGUUCGGCUUCAAGCCGCUCAACGUCCAGCUGGGCGCUGCUCUUUACGCCCUGUGCGCAACUGCUGUAGUAAUUUUGAUGCCUGGUCUGAGUGGUGUCUUGAUGAUUGGAGUUCCCAUCUACAGCAUUCUGUUGGUUACAAUGGCAUGGAGAGCUAUUGCUAGAGUACAGUUCUUUGAGGAGCUUUGGACUUGGACAAAAUUAUGCUCAUGUGCUGGGGGCAUUGUAUUUGCUAUUUCUGAUGCACUGAUUGGAUUCCAUCACUUUCACCAUCCAAUUCCACAUUCUCAGGCCUUGAUAAUGAUUACGUAUUAUGCAGCUCAGCUGGGAAUAGCUCUCAGCGUUGUAGAUUCGAAGGACAGUUAUGAUAAAACUAAGACUAUUACUUCAAGUGAACCAGCAAAUACAAAAAUCAGGAUAGCAAUUCCACAGAGCUCAUCAUCUCACUGAUAGUAGGUAGUGGACUAACUGGUGGAGCAAUGUGAAACUCUGCAGAUGCUGAGCUUCAACAGCAGAUUACAAUAUCCAUGGUUAAUUACUUGAAGAGAUCUGUCAGAAGAUUCCUUUUUAAAUGUGGUGUUUACACACUUUGAAAGGAAAAACUGAAGAAAUUUCAUUGUAACCAGUUUAUUUAUUUACUCUUAGAGAGUGUUUAAUGUCUUUCUUUAGUAAAUGGUGUUGUUCAUUAUACACACUUUUUAAGUAAUUUUAUAACUGUAUAAGGCAUUUGAAUCCUGUAAAAUGUAAUUCAUGUUUUUACAGUAUGGUAGAGUAGUAUUAGGAAAAUUCAUGAGAAAAUUCAUAAAAAGUGGCAUCAAAGGUGCAGUUGCCUUAAAUAAACAACAUAUUGCACAAUGAAUAAUUGUUGUGCAAAAAGUAAAAAAUGAAGACUGUGGUACAAUUUAAAUUUGUCUUAUUUAAAAAAUGAGAGGUACUAGAUAAUUAAUGGAACUGAACUGAAAAAAAAUUUGGAAAUUACAAAUAAGUCAUGUUACAGGUGUCCAUGUCUUUAGAACAUGAUAUUUUAUUAUGAAGUACUGUGCCCGCAAGUAAUAAUACCCAAACUAGUUUUGUUACUGCACUUUCUCUUUGUUUUUCAUACUGCGUCCACAAUUGUACUUAAGUUUUUUGAAUUUGGAAGCACAUUUUUGUGCAUUGUAUCAUGCUCUCAUGGAAAACUGGCACAAUCCAACAGAUCAAAGAGUAUGAACUAAUUUCUAAAUUGGUUUUGUACUCCAUAAUGCAAUACAGGUUUAUAUAUGUGGUGUCUGUCCUCUCUGUCAUCUCCAAAAGAGGAGGCACCAGUUUGAUCCUGCUGCCACUAUGAAUCAAGAGACAAAGAAGUUAGAUAUGAUUUAUAUCAAUGAGGCAAACUGUAAAUUUGUGCCACACUGGGAUUCAAACCUAUUUCUUCUGAUUUCUAAGAAGAUGCGCUGACCACUACGCCAUUUGGACACAGUGGUUAUCACAGCUGCAUGUACUACUGUAGCAUGCAUUCUGUGAGACCCAAAUUCUCAAGGAUCAAUAGUGUGUGGUAUAAGUUGAGAAUUUGGGUGUGAUGGGAGGCAUGAUAGGAUAUUCCAUGCAGUUACGGUAGCCACUGUGUCCGGAUGACAUAGUGGUCAUCACAUCUGCUUAGUAAGCAGGAGACCCGAAUUUGAAUCUCCGUGUGGCACAAAUGUUCAACUUGCCCCACUGAUGUAAUUUCAUGCCACUGGGAGCUAAUGUCUUUAAUUCUUUUGUGUCUCAAUACAGGUUUAUUAGAAAACUGUCUUCUUUUAUCAGGCUGUGCUAGAGAUAACCAGUAUGGUAAUGAAUCCUUCCAGUGAAAAUUCACACAGUUUUAAAAUCUUUUGUGCAUUUUUUCUGUUUUUAUUUUAUCUCAUUGGUGUGAUUGUAAAUAGUAAAAAAUGGUUACUCACACUUGUAGUAUGACAAGCAGUAGGAAAAGUUAAUGAAUGCGAACAGAUGUGCAAGUCACUGUAUUAAAAAAUAAUCGAUUUAAUUUGAAGAAAAUAAUCAUAGAGUUAGAAGUGACAAUUUCUUGAAUAUCAUAAAACUAAUUUUACAAUGAGCUGCAUAGUUUAUUAUCCCAGUUUUGAGAUUAUCUGCUUUAAAUUACUUGACAGACAUUUUUUGUAAGCAAAAUGAAGUUUUUGUGUUUUUAAUUUUUGUUUUAUAUUGGCAGAUAUACCAAAGAAUGCAGUUACAUUGAAAGUUCUGCUUUUUUUUUACAUGUUUCAUAAUGAUUUGUACUUCAUUUUCUUCCAAAUAUUUUCAAGUUUGUUGACUUCUACAUUCCAUAUGAUGAAGUGAAUUAGUUAACUUUUGCAUUCUAUAAGGUGAAGUGCAAAAAUGUAAUGUGGGUGAGAUUAAGUCAAUAUGUAAGACAUCUUCUGACAGAGACAAAUAACAAAUCAAUUUUUAGACUAAAAUACACAAGUAAAGUCAUUUUCAUGUGUGUGUUACAACUGUACUCAAUAAUUGUUGUUAUACAGCACAGUUACUUCAGACUUUUACAUUAUUUACUUUUGAUAGGAACUGAACAACUCAGUAUCAAACAUAUUACAGAGCUUCUUGAAGUGCUUGAACCCACCUAGACUGUACAUUUCAAAAAAAAAGUCUCAUUUACAUGAAAUAAAAAGCAUAUCAAAUGUAUGUGAUACAAUAUUAGACUGUGUAAAAUUAGAAUUUUGAUAUUUUAUUCAUCUGAGUACUAUGUAACAAAUUUUUAAAUGCCCGUGUGCAAUCAUCACAUGCAGAAAUGAAAUAGUAGCCAUAUACAUAUAAUCUGUACUAUGUAACUCACAAUUAUUUUUUUUUACUUGCUUGUGUACUAUGUUUAAAGUUAACUAUGGUAUGUAACUUUAGAGUUGGCUUUAAUACUUUGCAUACAUUGAUAUUCCCAGUGUCUUACCAUGCAGAGAAAAUAAGUAGUUAAAUUUGUGAAGUGCAGUCACCAUUGGUGGAAAGAAGGGGCAGAGGGAAUGAAUAAAUCAACACAAAAUAAUUUUGUUGUAAAAACAUUGUGAUUUCUUAAAUGUAGUGUUCACUGAUAACUCUGUAAUAUUUGUGUGCUAUAAAUAGUAUCGUUGUCAUUUUAUAAUAUUUAAUGUAAUAUUGUUGGAAACAUGUUUAGACACUGAGUUUCAGCCCAAGCAAACAAGACAAUAGCUAUGGAUGUACCAAAGAAACUCUCGUGGAAUUCAUCUGUGGAAAUAUUAGAAAAAUGUAGACAAGAAUGAGCACAUUGAGAUAUAUUUCAUAACAACUGUAGUGUUCCUUGGUUAAAAUUUUAAACUCACUAUAUUAAAAAAGUUUAAUGAUAUAUUAGAUGCUCUACAUAAAUGUACUUAGGCAGAUUAUAAAACAAAGUUGAUGAUAAAAUAGGCAAAUAUCAGGCUGGUUUCCACAAAGGAAGCUAUUUUUUCAAGCAAAUUUUCUACCACAACUAAUAAAUCGCAUAAAAUGAUGCCAGAACAAGACUAUGCACAUGGAAUUAUUUUCAGUGAGUUUCAAAAAGCAUACACUUCUAUCAGCAUCUCCUGUGUGUUCCAGUCACAAAAAAUUUUGAAAAAAGAUACCCAUUUCAGAAUUUUAAAUACCUCCUAUAAGUAAUUCAAAUGAAAGGAACUGACUAAAAAUGCAGAUAAUACCAGAACCAGAAAGCUUCACAUUACAUAUUAACUUUGCAAGGACACUUGUGCAGGUUUCAAGAAAAAUUGAAUAUAGUGAAUGCCAAGAAACUUUGACACUGGAAAUGAGAUAACAGAGUGAAAGGAAGAGGAAAAAAUAUCAGAAAGAAAGAUGAACGAAUACCAGUUCUUCCAAUAAGUCAUUAACAAUUAUUAUUUUACGUGGUCCAGUUCUUGUCUUAAUCAAAUCAAGAAGACAUGAAAUAUCCCUAGUUGCCAAGUUUACUUGGCAGAUAUAUAGACGGAUUGAAUUGAAGACUCUUGUGCUCAUUAUUUUAUUCUGUCAUUCUCAUUCUUAAUUUCAUUCUUCCUGCUCUCUGAUGAACUUCACGUGUUCUCCUUUGGGUUACUCUUUAUAUCUGAAAGUAAGCAAGCCAUUAUAAGGUGUGAGUAAACAUGGUCAUAAGGUGUGUGGUCAGAGCAGUUAAUUUUCACUUUUCUAAUAUUAUGCAGUUCUACUGAUGAUUGGUAUUUUUUCCACUGGAAUGAAGAAAUUUAUUGCCUUUUCUUCUUCUUUUUAACAUUUAAUAUCAUCAUAUUUUACAUUGAACAGAUGAUAGAACAUUUCCAGAAAUAUAUUGGAAACUCUUAUCUUUGGUGAUGAACCUAUCCAUCAUUUUGUUUCUACAGAUUGUAAGUUAAAUUUUGUGAAGACAUGAUUCCAGCUAUCCAGCUUUUCUGAUACUGAAUUUCUUGUUUGUUCCUUUACUGCAAACUCUUCCUGAACUUGAGAACUAGGCAGUCUAAUGGAUGGCAUUCUUUGAGCCAUUACUAUGACAGGCAGUAGAGAAAACAAGACACUCUUUCUUUUUGUUAAUUUGUAUCCAUUUAUAUACAACUGCAGAAUGUAUGAAAAAAUAUUUUUACUUUGUCAGUUUAAUUUUUUCCAGGCCAUGAUAUUUGGAAAACCAUCUAAACACUCUCAAGUGUAUAAAUAUACCAUUGUUAGGUUCUUCACGUGUAUACAUUGUUACCAUAUCCGUGUAGUGGAUAUGAGCUGUGCUUGUCAUACAAUUAUGUUGAUUUUUUCUAGUUUUAAUUUCUCCUCAGGUUCAGAAUUGGGUUUAAUAAAGCUGACUGUAGUAUAUAAACAUUGUUGCAAUUGUUAACUGUUGGGAGCAGAACGCUUGUUGGCAAAUUGAUACAAAGUAUAAGAAAGUUGUAAAAAUGUUGAGUUCCUCUUAAAGCUGAAAUAAUAGAUAUUGGCCCAAAUGUAUACAUUCAUUUUACUUUCUAUCAUAUUAGAUCCCAAAGAAAGUUACUGUGGUUUCAUUAUUUUUGUUUUUCAGUGUCAGAAAGUGGACUGUGACACAAAUUAUUGAUCUGUUGUUUCUGUAGCUACUGUCAUCUCAUACUUGAAGACUUACAUGGAUAACAGCUUACUCAGUAAGAAUGUGUGUGUAAUUGUAUGCAUUGGUUCUGAAGAGUUUCACUGAAUGAAUAUUUUGUUUGACUCUAUGGUUAAAAUAAAAUGAAGACAUGGUCUGUUACAAAAAAGCAGUGUUGUCAGUCAGUUACACUUGUGUAAGCAAGUGAAAUAAUGAAUAUCUAGACUAAGACAAUAUUUUAAAAAAGUCUUCAGAAGAGCAAAUAAUUUCAACAGUUAAACUGCAUAAAUAUGUUGGUCUUUCUGUCUAUCUGCCAGGAAGUUUCGUACUUCUAUCCUUUUUGUUGUAAAUUAUGUUCCACGAUUUUCACAUUAUUUAAGUUUCAUUUGCAUCUGAAGUAGUAAUUAAAAUUUUUUGGCAAAAUAUGUAGAUAUAAUAUUAAGAAAAUGACUUGUAUUCAGAUACUAAUAAUACUAUCUGAUAAAUUUACCUACUUAAUACGUAUAGAAUACCAGAGAUCAACCCCUACUUUCCCCUCCCCCUGUCAUUACAUGUGCACAGAAGGUAUUACUAUUUACAGUAUUGACUUAAUCAGUACCCAAACCAAAUUAUUAAUUAUUCUCUCAAUCUAAUAUGGAUAAAAGUAUGAGGUACUUUAACAUAAUCACCGUGUGAAAUAUGGAAGGAAUGUACACUAUUUAGAUGCCAGUUCAGCAUUACAGUGCCCAUUACUAUGUAGCAAACAAAAUAUUAUCCAGUCACUGCUAAAUGCAGCUGUACCUUUGAUAAUGUUGUCUCUGAAGUCAUUGAGAUUAUUAAAAGUUUGCAUAUUCCAUUAUCCACAUACUCACAUGUCAUAGUAAAAGUCUUCCCAUUGUUUCUGUAAAUUUCUUGAGCAUAUCCUAUAAAAUGUUUACUCAGUAGAUUCGCUGAAAUGCGUUUUACAAUAUUUAAUGAACUGAAGUUCUUAUUGUACAACUGUACUUCAUCUAUGAAAAGCAAUAUUCAUAUUACUAGAAUGAAACAUCCCAGGGCAACAUUUUAUGUGUGUUGCUUGAGGAUUUUUUAAAGAAUUCAUUAACUUGUAUAACUUUUUCAAAUAAAUAUAUAUGAUAACUGAAAAAGAGGAUAGGGAAUGACAUAUUAUGUGACAGGCAAUUCAGUCAAACAUUUUAUUAUGUUAAUAUUUUAUUAAUCAAAUGUUAUUAUAUCUGACAAUGUAUACCAGAGCUUUAAGUGAACAUGUGCUUUAACUUGUCUAUGGUUACUGCCCACAUGAAAAACUAGAGUUAAAAUUUAGAGGUUUGGGUAAACUUAUUUUUUGUUGCUAAAGCAGAUAUAGUAACAUACACUGUGAAAUAUUCGUGGUGUAUGAGGCAAUUUUUUUUAUGUCAGAUGCCAUUUGGAUUAACUUUAGAACAUAGGACUUCAAAAUAAAUAGUUAGGCCCUACUAACUUUCAGUACAUGGGUCCAUUUAUAAGCAGUAGUAUUAGAGAAUGUCAUUACAAAUAAACUGAGAAGUAUUUGAAGAAUGUGACAGGGGCACUUUACAUUGGGCAGGUGGUUUUAAAUUUUUUUCUAAAACAACUUUUUAAUCUUUAGCUCAUAUUACAUCAUAUAUCGAUCAUCUGUUUUAGGUGUCAACAAUAAUAAUGCAUACAUUUAGUCUGAAAUAACUUGAACACACCUGUGACCUGCAGUAACUGACCAGUGUAUGAUAUUAAAAUUUAAGUGGGGAUAGAAGAUGAAGAGAUGGCAACCGUAAUGUGGAAGUAGUGGUAUUUGUACUCUUACAGCAGCUCUUUUGAGAUGAAGUAAUGACACGUUUUAUUUUGCAUAUAUGCCUCUUUCAAAUAAAAUAAGAAUUAUUCUGUUAAUGCUAAUGACAGUUUUUCUGUGUCUUUUAAAUGAAUGGAUAAGAGCAGCCAAAUUAUUCUUUUGUACAUGUGAGCUUCAGUUCCUUGAAUUCUAAAUAAUGGCCUUUUCUCUUAUUUAUUUCUAAUUAAGUAAUUUUGGAGGAUAGUGUAAGUUGUCUAUAGUGAAUUGUAAAGCUGUCUGUAACUUGUGCAAAUUGCUGACUCUUGUUUCAGUUUCCUAAAUAUCUCUUGUAGAUACUUUUCAAACCAUAGUGUAGUUUGCACUGAUAUUUUUAAUUGUUGGAUUUAUAUUCCUGUUUAAAGGAAUGGUAUUUUAAAAUUAUUGUCAUAUGAAACAUGUAUAUCAUUGUUAAUAAAUAAUAAAAUAAUUUUAUUUACUUUGA